AUAAAUGACGAAAAGGUCAAGGAUAUGACAAAAGCAGACGCUGCUCUACGAAUCCUGGGGACGCCCGUAGCUCUCAAACUAGAGCUUAGACGAAACACCACAAAGUAUGUCAGCUUUCUGGAUGAACGUCUCGGACCCGGCGACGACUUCUAUGUGAGAGCAGCUUUCUCCCUGUCACCCCUGUCUGAAGCCGUCGGUUAUGGUGCUGAGGAACGGGUGCCAGCUCUUCCCAUUACCUGUGGCGACAUCUUCCACGUCACAGAUAGCCUCUACAACGGAUCAUUUUCCUCUUGGUUGAACUAUGCAAAAAAGCAACAAGGGGGUCAGAUUCGAGUUUUCAUUCGGCAUAUAUUCUCAUUUUUGGUUGAGGUAAAUGUUCGCAUCCCAGGCCCAACGCGUCAGCCCGAAUAUCUCAAGGCCGGGUAG